AUGAAGUGGCUCUGGAGAUACUCAAAUGAAGAUCAAACAUUGUGGAAGAAGGUGAUUAAGGAAAAGUAUGGAGAAGAGGAUGCAUGGAAAACCAAAAUUAUCAACACUGUCUAUGGGGUUAGUGUUUGGAGGACCAUCAGAAAUUUCUGGAUGAUUUUCAGCAUUAACAUCAGAUUCAAGGUUUGGGAUGGGCAGCAAAUUUCCUUUUGGGAUGACAACUGGUCAGGUAAUGGUUCCCUCAGGCACCUAUAUCCAGAUGUCUACAUCCUGAAUCAGCAGCAAAGGGUUAAUAUUAAUGAGGUAUGGAACAAUCAAGGAUGGGAUCUCAGUUUCAGAAGACCUUUGAAUGACUGGGAGAUGGACAGAUUCAUUGCCUUCCUCAACAAUCUUAAUCUCUUCAAUGGAGUCUCACCAGAGCAAGAUAGAUUAUGGCUGACUACACAACUAUGGGACAUUUUCCUUGCUAAAAUUGGUUUGAGUUGGGCAAUGCUAAUUCAUACACUAGAUAUGCUAUAUAGUUGGAGCAGAAGAAGAGGAACUAAAAGCUCAAAAAAAGAGAUGGAGUAUGAUUCCAGGCUGCAUAUGGUGGACUAUCCGGAAGGAAAGGAACUCGAGAUGCUCGAGAUGUUUUGA